AUGGGAUGGUUUUACACAAGGACAGGUCGAUAUACGGUUAGAUCGGGUUAUGAGAUAGCACAAAGGACUCGGGAGGAUAGUAACCCUCUGUUGUUUGGUCCGGAUACAAGGGGUCUUCAGGCUCAAGUGUGGAAAGUACAAUGUACUCAAAAAAUACAACAUUUCCUGUGGCAAUCGCUGACGGGUUGUAUAGUGGUGGGAGAUAGACUGAGAAGUCGAGGAAUGCAGAUAGAUCCCCAAUGUAUGCGGUGUGGGAUGGCACCAGAAACAGUGAAUCAUACUCUGUUUGAAUGCCCACCAGCACUACAGGUUUGGGCUUUAUCUCCAAUUCCAACGGCUCCAAUACGGUUCCCAAUAGGAAGUUUGUUUACUAAUAUGGCAUAUUUGUUUUGGGAAUUACCAAAUGAUGAUAGAAUGAGGACGUACCCUUGGUUGAUUUGGUAUAUUUGGAAAGCUCGCAAUGAUAAGGUUCUAGGGAAUGUGGAUUGGGACCCAAAUGAUAUAAUUACAAAAGCGACAGCGGAAUCAUUGACAUGGGCUAAGGCCCAGGAAAAACAAAAAACAGAGAUUCCACGAUUACAGACUCAAGUGGAAACCAUUUUAUCGGGUGACCGGUGUCAAGUGGAUGGAGCAUGGAAGGAGACCGAUUGUAGGGCUGGCCUGGGAUGGUAUCACUUCAAUCCAACUACACAGAGUAAGCUGAUGGGCUCGUGUAAUCUGAGACGGGGAAUAUCUCACUUCAGACUGAACUAG